CGCGGCCCCGCUCCGCACCCGGCCCAGCCCCGCAGGGCGGGGGCACCGCGGCCCUCCGCGCCGCCCGGCCAUGCGCGCCCGCUGAGCCGCAGCGGAGGCGGCCGCCUUGCAGUUUGCUGCCGUACACUCCCCCCCGCUCCACCACCACCUUUCUUCUUUCUUUUUCUUUUUUUUUUUGUUUUUUUUUUUUUUUUUUAAAUUUCAUCUCAUUUAUUUAUUGGGUUUUUGGUUGGUUUUUUGUUUGUUUUGUUGGAGGAUCUCCCCCGCACACACCCCUCCGCCCUCCGCGGGCGGCGAUGGGCGCGGCGGCGGGCGGGCGCUCGGCGGGGCGCUGAGCGGGCGCGCAGCGGGCGCGGGGCGCGCCAUGGCCGCCAAGGACAACCCCUGCAGGAAGUUCCAGGCCAACAUCUUCAACAAGAGCAAGUGCCAGAACUGCUUCAAGCCCCGCGAGUCCCACCUGCUCAACGACGAGGACCUCAACCAGGCCAAACCCAUUUAUGGUGGCUGGCUGCUGCUGGCCCCGGAAGGAACGGACUUUGACAAUCCUGUCCAUCGCUCCCGGAAAUGGCAGCGUCGGUUCUUCAUCCUCUACGAGCACGGGCUGCUGCGCUACGCCCUCGACGAGAUGCCGACAACCCUCCCGCAGGGCACCAUCAACAUGAACCAAUGCACGGAUGUGGUGGAUGGGGAGAGCCGGACAGGGCAGAAAUUCUCCUUGUGCAUCCUGACGCCAGAGAAGGAGCACUUCAUCCGGGCCGAGAACAAGGAGAUCAUCAGUGGGUGGCUGGAGAUGCUGAUAGUCUAUCCGAGGACAAACAAGCAGAAUCAGAAGAAGAAGAGGAAGGUGGAGCCCCCGACUCCCCAGGAGCCCGGUCCUGCUAAGAUGGCCGUGACCAGCAGCAACAUCCCCAGUGCGGAGAAGGUCCCUGCCACCAAGUCGACGCUUUGGCAGGAAGAAAUGAGGGGCAAAGACCAAACGGACGGAGGCGGCGGCAUCAGCCCGGCACAGAGCCCGGUGCAAGGCCAGGCCGGGGCUGCCGGCUCCCUCAAGGAUCCUGUGCUGGACAGCAAGGAAGACGAGAGCUCCAUGAACGGAGACCGGAUAGACUGUGGGCGGAAGACGCGUGUGGAGAGCGGGUACUUUUCCUUGGAGAAGACCAAACAAGAUUCGAAGCUGGAAGAGCAGCAGCUGCCGCCCCCGCCGAGCCCGCCCAGCCCCAGCACCCCGAACAACAGCUUCUCUCUGAACUCCUUGGACUCGAAGAGCAGUUGCCCCAUGCACAAGGACUCCAGCAGCAGAGAUGUAGGAAGGGGAGCUGAAAAAUCGGGGCGUCCCCUUUCUUUUAAAGCCAGCCGGCAAUACACCACCCUGGCCGACGUUCCCAAGGCCAUUAGGAUCAGUAAUCGUGAGGCCUUCCAGGUGGAGAGGAAGCGGCUAGAGCGGAGAACCCGGGCCCGUAGCCCUGGGAGAGAAGAAGUGGCCCGGCUCUUUGGCAAUGAGAGAAGACGAUCCCAGGUAAUUGAAAAAUUUGAAGCAUUAGAUAUUGAGAACGCGGAGCACAUGGAAACGAACGUGUCGGCCAGUGCUGCCCUUUCCAGUGAGACGCGGCAGGGCAGGAGCGAGAAGAGGGUUUUCCCGCGGAAACGGGACUUCACUUGUGAAGGCGCAGCUGUGGGCUCCAUCCUGGAUGUGUCUGCGUCUCCUCUGUCCCCGCAUCGCCGGGCAAAGUCGCUGGACAGAAGGUCCACCGAGUCCUCUAUGACGCCCGACCUGCUGAACUUCAAGAAGGGCUGGUUGACAAAGCAGUAUGAGGACGGGCAGUGGAAGAAGCACUGGUUUGUGCUGACCGACCAGAGCCUGAGAUACUACCGGGAUUCCGUGGCGGAGGAGGCAGCUGACCUGGAUGGAGAAAUCGAUUUAUCCACGUGCUAUGAUGUUACUGAGUACCCGGUUCAGCGAAACUACGGCUUCCAGAUCCACACAAAGGAAGGGGAAUUCACCCUCUCCGCCAUGACGUCGGGCAUUCGCCGCAACUGGAUCCAGACCAUCAUGAAGCACGUUCGCCCCACCACGGCUCCCGAUGUAACAAGGAAAAACUUCUCUUUGAAACUAUCCGUGCUGAAGCCCAGCUCCCUGCCGGAAGAGAAAAGCAAAACAAGCUCUUCCUUCGAAACUGGUCCAAAGCCGAGCGAGAAGCCGGAUGCGGAGCAAGCUGAGCUGGACCCCGAGCAGAAGCGGAGCCGUGCCCGGGAGCGCCGGCGAGAAGGACGGUCCAAGACCUUUGACUGGGCUGAAUUUCGCCCCAUCCAGCAGGCCCUGGCGCAGGAGCGUGCAAACGCUGCAGACUCCUCCAAGAGUGGCUCUGCCGCCUUCCCCAGGGACGCCGGUGCCACCGAUGCCGACCCGGGAGAGCUGGAGCGGGAGCGGGCCCGGCGACGGGAGGAGCGUCGCAAGCGCUUUGAGAUGAUCGAUGCUGUGGACGGGGCAGGGUCGGAAGAAGCAUUAAGGAUGGAGGUGGACCGGAUCCUGCCCGUCCCGGCGGACAUCAAACCGCAGAACGUGCACGUGGAGAUCGAGCAGCGCUGGCACCAGGUGGAGACCACCCCGUUGCGGGAGGAGAAGCAGAUCCCCAUCGCACCCCUGCACCUUGCUCACCCCGAGGACCGGGACGAGGGGCUGACGAAGCAGCACUUGACCACGCUGCUGGAGAAGGAGCUGGAGCAGAAGCAGAAGGAGGCCCUGGAGCUCCUGGAGCAGAACCGGCACCUGCAGGACCAGCUGAAAGUGGCACUGGGCCGGGAGCAGAGUGCCCGGGAGGGCUACGUGUUGCAGACCGAGGUGGCCGCCUCGCCAUCAGGUGCCUGGCAGAGGCUCCACAAAGUCAACCAAGACCUCCAAAGCGAGCUGGAAGCCCAAUGCCAGCGUCAAGAGCUGAUCAAUCAGCAGAUUCAGUCGCUGAAGCGCAGCUACGCCGAGGCCAAGGACGUGAUCCGGCACCACGAAGCCGAGAUUCAGAGCCUGCAGGCGAGGCUCAGUAACGCGGCGGCCGAGCUCUCCAUCAAGGAGCAGACCCUGGCCAAGCUCAAGAGCGACCUGAGGAGCGAAAAAGAGAAAGCCAAAGAGCAGCUGGAGGAGUGGCAGCACGGCGAGGCCGCGCUCAGCUCCCAGCUGAAGGCCAGCGAGCAGAAGCUGAAGAACGCGGAGGCUCUGCUGCUGGAGAAGACCCAGGAGCUGCGGGACCUGGAGAUGCAGCAGGCUUUGCAGAGGGAUCAUCAGAAGGAGGUGCAGCGGCUCCAAGACAGGAUCGCGGACCUGAGCAGGCAGCUGAAUGCUAGCGAGCAAGCGCGGGUCCUCAUGGAGGAGAAGCUGCAGAAGAAUUACGAGGCUCUGCUGGAGAGCUGCGAGAGGGAAAAGCAGGUUUUAAUACGGAGUCUGAAGGAGGUGGAGGAUAAGGCAAAUGAGUACGAGAACCAGCUGCAAAAUAACGAGCAGCAAAUGGAGAUUCUGCAGAAGGAGAAGCUGAGUGCAAAGUUCGAAGGCAGCGAGCUUGUCCACCAGCUGGAGGAGCAGCUGGUGAUGAAGGAGGCCAGCAUCCAGAAACUCGCAGAGCACAUCAAGGAGCUCGAAAGAGAAAGAGAUCAGAUCAAAUGUCGGUUCCACGAGCUCAUGAAUCAGGUUGCCGAGUCGGAUAACGAAGUUGCAAAGCUGCAAGCAAAGCUGAAAAUGGAAGAGACCAACUACCACAAUCUGGAACAAUCGUUUGAGGAGGUGUCAGAUCAGUUCCAGGGUGUGCAGAAGGUGCUGAAAGAAAAAGAAGAAGAGCUGAGGCACGUUAAGGAAAUGCACUUGAGAAUUGUGGAGAAGAAAGAUCAAGAUCUCAGUGAGGCUUUGGUUAAAAUGGUUGCUUUAGAUAGCAGUUUAGAGGAGACUAAAGUAAAGCUAAAGGCCAAGGAGGAGGCUUUAAAGAAAUUAGCUAGUGUAGGCACAGGUCCAUGUGCUGAGGAGGUGGAAGACCUUGGCCCUAAUCUCGAGGCUGAUGAAAGUCAUCCGUCCCAACUGGGGCAGCCUCUGCAAACUCAGGAUGUCCUCCCAGCUCUGACUUAUGCACUGAAGGAGGAGGAGGAGGAGGAGGUUCUUGAGACCAGCCAGAGGCAGGCAGAGGAAUUCGGCUCCCCGUCCAAAGCUGUGGAGCUCCAGGACCAAGAGUUAGUUCAGAAAGCCUUAGCAAAGCCUGAUGUAGGGAUCAUGGGGGCCAAGAGGCAAAGAAUCCGUUUCUCGAGCAUCCAGUGCCAAAAAUACAUUCAUCCAGACGGAUCAGAGAAAAACUGGACGAGCAGCACCUCUUCAGACACGAGCCAAGACAGAUCGCUGUCUGAAGAAAGCAUGUCAUCAGAGCCAGCUCUUGGUUACCCAUCAUCAGGGACGAGCGACUCUGAGACCUAUCUCUCAAUCAUCCAUUCCCUGGAAACCAAACUUUACAUUACAGAGGAAAAACUCAAAGACGUAACGAUGAAGCUUGAAAGCCAGCACGGCCAUAAUCAGGAGACGCUCAUCGCCCUCCACCAUCAGUGGGCCAGCACGGAGUCUCAGCUGCGGGAACAACUUCAGACCAGCUUAUCCCAAGUCAGUGCUUUGAUCUCGCAGCUGGAGAGUGAGAGGCAGGAAAAGUUCAAGCUCAUAGAAAAUCACGUUAGUGAGCUGGGAGGUUUCCAAAUGAAAAAUGAUCAAGCGCUGACUUGCUUAGAGAAGUGCCGGGAGCAGCUAAGAUCUUUGCCCAAGUCAGACAAGGAAAAAGAGGGUGAUUUGUUCCUUGUUACUCUCUCCAGCAUGGAAACAACCUUAUCGAAUGCAAUCCAAGCCUUGAGAGGGGCGCCAGUCCCCUCGGAGUAUCAGCAGAGUGAAAGCCUUAUCGCAGAAAGCCCCGCUCCAGAAGGAGGUUUUUUAGGAGAAGAGGAGCACGUCUCCAAGGAGCAGCGAGCGGAAAUGUUUGACGCCGGCCAGUUGAGAUGGCUUUCUGAGAGAGUGGCAUUUGAGGCCUCUCUCAUCAACCAAAUAGCAGAGUCUUUGAAAAAUGCAAGCUCUGAGAUAUCGCAGCUUCUGAGAGAGAUCCAGGGAACGGCUGAGGUGGUUUUGUUGGAGCCGGCAAAUGUUUCUCAUACAGCAGUCGACUUGGCCAGUGUCCUAUCUAAGAAGCUGCUGCUGGAAGGGGAGUUCUGGAGCCAGGUGGAGGAGCUGAGAGUGCACUUGAGCACCAGAGAAGGAGAAGCCGAGGGCAAAACAGAAACAACAGGUUUGGGCUUUUCUUCAUGUUUUCUCAGUGCUGUAGCAGAUGCUACAUUGAUCAAGGCAGAACUUGGGUUUGUCGCACAGAAAAUGAGAGAAUCUUUUCAUCAGAGAUUAAAAAAAAUCGAAGAAGACCUCCAUAAUACCAAAACAGCUCUCCAGCAGCAUAAAUGCAUGUUGGAGGAGAUCAUCAAAGCGUACAGGACUCCUGAUUUUGACAGAGUUAUGCACCAGAUUUCUGAAGCACUUGAAAUUCAAAAAGAUGCUUCAGAAAGAACCCAAGUCUCCUGGGACGGGAGCCACCUGCAAAUGGUGCCGUGUCAGGAAUUAGCCAAGGCGGAGGAGAUUGGCAGCCUGCCGGACCGUAGUAGUGAAGCUCUUGUUUCCAUUCAGGAAGAUCUUGCCCAACAACUAAAGGACAAAUCAAAUGUUCUGAGAGAAAUAUCUGUUGCCUUACUCUCUCUGCCUCCUGAGGAGGCAAUGAGAGACUGUCAGAAGCUCCUGAAGAUAUCUCAGAGUCUUUCAUAUCAUUCGUGCAUGGGAGACCUUGAACGGUAUUCCUCUUUGUUAGUCCAAGACGCAAUUGUUCAGGCUCAGGUUUGUUACGCCGCUUGCAAAGUCCGACUGGAGUAUGAGAGAGAGCUGAAGUCCUACAAGGAGUCCUUGCAGAGCAUGGACGCGCUCUGCCAAGAGCGCGUGAAGACGGUCUCUCUCCUUCGGGACGAGUACGAAGACUUGCUUAGAAAGCAGCAGGGUGAGUACGGCGAGGUGAUCGCCAUGCUUGAACGGGAGAACGCUGAUCUCAAAGCAAAGGUGUCCCAGCUUGACAGUCAGCGAAGGCUUUUGGAGGAAGAGGAGCAUAAACACAGCAAGAGCUUGAGUGAAUUGCAGGGACGGUAUGAGGAGGAGAUUCGAAAUGUGAUAGAGCAACUAAACAGGACCGAGGAUGCUCUGAAGGCCGAGAGGACAGAGGGUCUCAACCAGCUGGAUGCCAUCGUCCGUGACAAGCAGAACAUGGAGCGGUAUCACCUGGAGCAGAUGCAAAUGCUGGAGGACAAGUUCCAGGCCAAGAUCAAGGAGCUGCAGGUCAUCCACGGCGAGGAGCUGCAGGCGUUGCAGGAGCACUACAGCCAGAACCUGCAGCGCCUGCAGGAGACCCUGGACGAAUACCAGCGGCAGCACCCGGAGGCGUCCCCCGCGGCAGGCCCGGGUGGUGGGGACGCCUGGGCGGCUGAUGAGACGGGUGGCACCGGGCAGGACCCCGGCAGCGACCCGGACUCCAUGCACGGCCUGAGGGAGCGUAUCCAGGAGCUGGAGGCCCAGAUGAACGUCAUGAGGGAUGAGCUGGAGAACAAGCAUCUGGAGGGGAACGCUUCCACCUUGAGGGAAAAAUACCAGAAAGACUUUGAAAACUUAAAGGCAACAUGUGAAAGGGGCUUUGCAGCCAUGGAGGAGACACACCAGAAGAAGAUCGAGGACCUGCAGCGGCAGCACCAGCGGGAGCUGGAGAAGCUGCGGGAGGAGAAAGACCGCCUGCUAGCAGAAGAAACGGCUGCCACCAUUUCAGCCAUCGAAGCCAUGAAGAACGCGCACAGAGAGGAGCUGGAGCGAGAGCUGGAGAAGUCCCAGCGCUCCCAGAUCAGCAGCGUCAAUGCCGACAUCGAGGCCCUCCGAAGGCAAUACCUGGAGGAGCUGCAGUCGGUGCAGCGGGAGCUGGAGGUCCUUUCGGAGCAGUAUUCGCAGAAGUGUUUGGAAAACGCCCACCUGGCGCAGGCGCUGGAGGCUGAGAGGCAGGCCCUCCGCCAGUGCCAGCGGGAGAACCAGGAGCUCAACGCCCACAACCAGGAGCUGAAUAACCGCCUGGCUGCGGAGAUCACGCGAUUGCGGACCCUGCUGACCGGGGAAGGCGGGGGAGAGGCUGCUGGAUCGCCUCUCACGCAGGGCAAGGACGCCUACGAGCUGGAGGUCCUGCUGCGGGUCAAAGAAUCAGAAAUCCAGUACCUGAAGCAGGAGAUCAGCUCCCUCAAAGACGAGCUGCAGACGGCGCUGAGGGAUAAGAAAUACGCCAGCGACAAGUACAAAGACAUCUACACGGAGCUGAGCAUCGUGAAGGCCAAGGCAGACUGCGAUAUCAGCAGGUUGAAAGAGCAGCUGAAAGCAGCCACAGAAGCUCAGGGAGAGAAAUCCCCUGUGAACACCACUGUAUCGGGAUACGAUAUUAUGAAAUCAAAAAGCAACCCUGAUUUCUUGAAGAAAGACAGAUCCAGUGUUAGCCGGCAACUAAGGAAUAUCAGGUCAAAGUCCGUUAUUGAGCAGGUCUCAUGGGAUAACUGAAAUGAACCCGAGUCCAGGUUCCCUGCCACGUAGAGUCUGAAGGAAGGCCUGACUGUGCAAGAACGCCUGAAGCUUUUUGAAUCCAGGGACUUGAAGAAAGACUAGUUCUCCCCGCUCCGCUUGACCACGCGCACCUCCCAGCUUGAGGCAGCACAGCACCAGCACCGUUUGUCUCUCGUUCCUUACGACUGUCCUUGCUGUCGUUCGUCUUGACGCCCCCGACGGGACCUGGCGCCGCGGUGGGGGUGCCCCCCGCCGCCCCCUCCCCUCCCCAGCACCUUUUCCCUGCUUGUGAGAUGCUCCAGAGACUCUGAGAGGGAGAGGAAGGGAUCGGGGUGGGGUUUUUUUCCCCUCUCUUCGGCGCUUUGUAGGAGAAUCCUUCCUUUACUGUAAACCAUUACACUAAGUGUCAGUAUUAAGGCUCAGUAGCCUGUUAAUAAGCUAGCUCUGUCGUACCAACCGUUUUGGUAUGCAAGCAGGGCCUGGGUGGUAUCGGCCAUACCUAGCUCUUACUGCUGUCAAGAGACCCAGUGCUCAGAGCACGCCAGGAGCCUAAUCUAACCGUUGAUCUCGAUUGCAUUAAUUGCACCUACAAGGGGAGGGGGAAGCUGUUGGGGGAGCGCAAGUCCGUGCCGGCGUACGCAGCCCGGAGGUACAACACUGACAUCUCGCUGGAGAAGGACGCAAGAAAUGAUUCUCCUGCCCCGUGACUGUGCCGUAUCCUGAAUGUAGGCGAUACCGAAGCCCGUCGAGCUUUGGUGGCCGCCCGGGUGGUUAUGGAUAGGGAGCUGCAGAUAACUCACCUGCACCGUCGAGUCCGCCCCAUCGGCGUGUCUUUGCCUCCCGUCUCGCUGGUGGCCGGAGUCGGUGUUUCGGGGGCCGAGCUGUAAGAUCACUUUCUUGCCUCUGUUAGAUCAAGCCCAGCACUCUCUUUUUUUUUUUUUUUUUGCUGUUACUCCCUUCCUCUCAUUGAGUCCCGUGUAUCCCAGGGUCUGUGCGCAUGUGAAACUCCCUUUUCCUAGUCAAAGGAAAGUAGAGUAGAAAGUAGAGCCAUUAUUGACUGAAAAUGCACAGUGCUCAAUGCAUAUAAUGCUCCUUUUUUAUCAGCUUCUUGAAUUCAACUCUUCUUGUCAGCAGGGCAGCUCCUAUUUUAAUUCUUUAAUCUUUUCGUGAAAUAAAAAUCUCAAAACCAG